AAAUGAUUUUCACUAGUUCAUUUUUCAGACUUCACAAAGUAUUGCACAGCAACUGUAUCUAAAAGGCAUGGAUAGUUUUUACUCAAGGCAAGACCUACUCAGACCUUUCUUUUUAGGUUUAUUUAGCAUAUAUUACUAACACAGAAGGUAAGUGUAGUAAAAUCUUAACUUUUUACCCUUACUUUUUUUAAACUAGUGGAUGGUCCUGCAGUAAUCAGACAGCUGAGGCAGUAAACUGAAAAACAAAUAAUAAAUGUUUCUUGAUUAAGUAGUUUCCUUAAAUUUUAUAUAUCAAUAGCUAUAUAAAAUCUUAGACAGAUUUGAUGCUGUACCCCUUCUAUAAAAAACUAUGUCCUUUUUUAUUGUCAGAAAACUGAAGACAUAUUUUUCAAGUCUCUUCCCUUUAUCAAAACCAGAGAAAUGAGGAUAAUAUUAACAACAACAAAUGUGCCCAGCCUGGAAUUACAUUAUCAAUUAGGCGAUGUGAAUUUGGGUUCUGAGCCAGCAGGAGAGAGAAAUACUUUGGGAGCAGAAUGCUUCUCCCCUGGGGAUAAUCUUGCUCUUGACAAGCAACCCCACCCCAUCACGCCUAAUACUAAAAGUGCCACUGAUGGAUUUGGGAGUGAACCAUAUGGACACAUUACUUUUUGGGUGGAAGGAGAAUCAAAACAAUUUGAUGUCUUUGAAAGAUGGGAGAGUAAUGUUAAAAGAAUCUGACAGAUGACUGUCAAACCUUAGAAGUGAAGUUGGUGACAAACUAAAAUACAAAUUUUCUGUACUUGGAAUAACAUUUUUAACUCUUUAUUUAUUGGGUUAUUAUAGUUUAUGUUUGUGAUAAUACAAUUAUUGUACUGUUAGCAUAAAGCUACUCUAUCUUUACUUGGAAUAACAUUUCAGUCAAUUUUAAAUUAGAAGUUAAAUAGGAAAAAAUCCUCAGCUGGUGUAAAUUGUGAUGUGGUGCUAAGACAAGAUACAUGAGCUAAGGAUCUAUCCCAUAUUAUUUGGGAAGCGAGUUAGCUGAAGCAUGCUUAUGGAAUCCAUCUUUCUCCAUGUGAUAAGACACAACUCAAAUAUAAUAGGUCCCAGUCUUAAAAAGAUGUAUAUGCUUAACAUUAUGAGCAUGAGGAACACCAAUGAAGUCAAUGAGAGUACUUGUGAAUAAAGUUAAGCAUGUGUAUAAGUGUUGCAGGAUCAGAGACAUAAUCAUUAAUAAUUUAUAUACCUCUAACUGCUUGUUCUCAGUAGAUUAAUUGAUCUAUAUCAAGUAACUUGCACUUGGCUGUAUGAAAACAUCUGUAUUGCAUUAGGAAAGUAGUAUGUUGGUAUAUAGAUGCUAGAACUAAGGACUAGGAAAGAAUUGUUGGGAAAGAACAUUCCCAGUCCUGUCAGUUACUUCCUGUGUGACCUUCAACAACUAGUUUUACCUCUCUGUGCCUACAUUUUUUAAUCUGUACAAUAUGGAUAGUAAUCAAGGCCGGGUGUGUUCUGCAGCAAGUCAGAGCUAAAUUCUGCACCAGUUCCAGGUACCAUUUAAAAUUACAUAUGAAAAUGAAUUAUUUACUUAUUACAGCAGCACUUGUCCUAUUUAAAUUUGACCAUAAGUUUUAGAUUUAAAUUAUUUUUGUAUUAAAAAAUGGGUAACUGGGAGCAGGAAGGCUUGGGCACCUCAGAAGGCACAGCAGGCAGUACGGAUUUGAGGGCAGUCACGGUGACCUGCAGCGGAACGGCGAUCCUGGUGUAUAGACCUGUACAAAUCUGUAACAGCCCCAGGCUGCCACGGCGGGGCGGCUCCACCCUCAGCGCGGCGGCUCCUGCCACGGCGGGGCGGCUCCGCGCUGGCUGCAGAGUGACUUGGCGGGGGAGGCGACAGGCAUCGUUUCGCAGUCCAAGGCUGUCGCGCCGAGCGACCCGCCGGGCGGCGCUGAGCCCCGCAGCGGCGGGCCCAUCCGGCCGUGGGUGAUUGCCGGGCCGGGCGGCGCUCAGCUGCCGGGAUCCCUGAAGCCGGCAGCCGCCCAUGGGCAGCAGCCGGGUCUGCGUGAGCUUCCAGCGGAGGGAGGAAGCUGCGCCGGCUAUCCACCGAUCGCCCCCCCCACCGCGCCGUGCGCUGCCGGCCAAGGCGGAACCUUUGUGCGGGGCUUCCUGCUGCAGGGCUGGGGGAGGGAGUUAACAGGGACUCGCCGCCGGGGCCGGCUGCUAACUUCCUUCCUUCCUUCAUGCUGGCGCGCGCCGCCCGUGACCCGCCGCCUCACGCUGCAGCCGGGCUCGGGGCAGAAAAGCUAAUGAAGCAGAUUGGGGUGAAAAAUGUCAAGCUUACUGAAUAUGAAAUGAGCAUUGCCGCACAUCUAGUAGACCCUCUUAGCAUGCAUGUAACCUGGAGUGAUAUUGCAGGUUUAGAUGAUGUCAUUACAGAUCUGAAGGACACAGUCAUUUUACCUAUCAAGAAGAAACAUUUGUUUGAGAAUUCCAGACUCUUGCAGCCACCAAAAGGAGUACUUCUCUAUGGCCCUCCAGGUUGUGGUAAAACUCUGAUUGCCAAAGCUACAGCAAAGGAAGCCGGUUGUCGAUUUAUUAAUCUCCAGCCUUCAACAUUGACUGAUAAAUGGUAUGGGGAGUCUCAGAAACUGGCUGCUGCUGUCUUCUCCCUUGCUAUAAAACUGCAGCCUUCCAUCAUUUUUAUCGAUGAAAUAGAUUCCUUUCUACGAAGCCGUUCAAGUUCUGAUCAUGAAGCUACAGCUAUGAUGAAAGCUCAGUUCAUGAGUCUGUGGGAUGGUCUGGACACUGACUAUAGUUGCCAAGUGAUAGUGAUGGGAGCUACCAAUCGCCCUCAGGAUCUUGACUCUGCCAUUAUGAGAAGAAUGCCUACGAGGUUUCACAUUAACCAACCAGCUCUGAAACAGAGAGAGGCGAUUUUGAAACUGAUUUUGAAAAAUGAAAAUGUGGACAGGCAUGUGGACCUCCUGCAAAUUGCUAAAGAAACAGAUGGAUUUUCAGGAAGUGAUUUGAAAGAAAUGUGUCGUGAUGCAGCACUCCUGUGCGUCAGGGAAUAUGUUAAUUCUACAUGUGAAGAAAGCAAUGAUGAAGAUGAAAUUCGGCCAGUGCAACAGCAGGAUCUGCACAGGGCAAUUGAGAAGAUGAGGAAGUCAAAAGAUGCAACACUUCAGAAUGUUUUGAUGCAUGUUAGUUUAGACUAAGACUAAACAGUGUGUUUGCAGUUUCUGAUGUGGCCUAGUUUGGUGACUUGCGCUGUAAUCAGUUAGUUAAAACGAGUGUGGGGGGAGGGAUAUUCUUUCAAUAAGGGAGUUAAAUGUUUCAUUUCCAGAGGGGUUUUAUACACUGAAUUCUAAAUUAUUGAAAUCUGGUAAUCUUACAGAAAUAGAUGUGGUCUACAGCUUAUGAAGUGGAACAAUGUAGUCCAGUCCAAGAGUGAAUGCUUGUGUUUUGUCCAAUUACCAAUACGUUGUAGUGGCCUUAAAGUAGGUUCUAAGCUGAUGCAUGUUUUUGAGGGGAAGUGGAAAAUGAUUGAAUACCAGUUCAUGUAUAUAUGUAUGAACGUGUGUGUGUUUAUAUUAAGUGUAUAUAUCCACACAUUUUUUAUAUAUAGACAUAAUCUGUAGAUAAGUUGAAUAUGGAAAAUCUUUUUUUACUUAAUUACUGAAUGAAAUUAAAUCAGAAGAUGUAUAGAUUAAAAGACUCUGUUGUAUUCAAUGCACAUUUACCUUUUUUUCUUCUAGAAACUUAUGCAAAAGGCAGAAAUUCUGUUUGAAUUGAAAUUUUAUUUUACAACUUUGAAGUAUUGGUGACUUUCACAUUGAUGUUUUAAGUCUACAUUCAGUAGAGGUAGCAAACUAAUGCAUAAAUGUUUGAAUAUUUUUCAUUUUUUAUGAAAUCCUGCUAUUAGGCUUUUUUUUUUUUACAUUUUUCCUCUCUGAGUUGAGUGAAUAACCUUGCUAACUGGUCUUUCAUUAAACCCUCCAUGUUCUAAUUCCCUAAAAAA